ACUCGCGGAACUCACCAAAUUUCCGAAGCUCUUUCUCUCCUCCCUCCCCACGAAUCGACGCUGCAAUGGCUACCCUCACCGCCGGCGUGCUCCUCAAGCUCCUUCAAUCCAUGAACUCCGACUCAAAGCCCUUCGGCGAGCAUCGGUCUGCUGUUCUUCAAGUCACCGGCAUCGUCCCCGCUCCCUCCGACGAUCUCUGGUCUUCCCAUGGCUUUUACCUCCAACUCUCUGAUUCCCUCCACUCCACCUAUGUCUCCCUCUCCGAUCAGGAAGCUGAUGUCAUUGUCUCUAACCGCCCUCAGCUCGGCCAGCUCGUCCACCUUGAUCGCUUGCAUUUCGAUCUCCCUGUACCCCGUGCUUUGGGCCUCCGCCCGAUUUCCUCGUCUCGUCAACACCCAUUUAUUGGCUCGCCGGAACCCCUUAUCGCCCUUUCCACCCCUUCUCAUGCCCCAGGCUUCGUUAUCCAGCCAGCUUCUCCUUCUUCUGCCGCUGCCACAGUCAAGCCGCGCGCAGUCUUUGCUCCAAAAGAAAAUGUCCUUAACGCCGCGUCAAACAGCUUUUCGUCUGGUACCACUUCAUCUGUCUCCAAGCCCAAGCGCAGGUUUUCCUCCCCUGCUUCUCGGAAUCCAUCACCGGUUCCAGAAAAGCAAGGAAGCAGGGUUGGUUCUAGGGCGCCGUCGCCGGUGCCGUCCAAGUGCGAGGUGCCGAGCCUGGUAGCGGCGAGGGAGGAGAAUAGGAAAGUUGCGAGGGAGCCCGCGAUUGUAGUGCCUUCGAGGUACCGGCAGCCUUCGCCGGUUGGGAGGAAGACGGCGGUGGCGUCGCCAAUUGGAAGGAAAGCCGUGGCGUCGCCAGGUGGGCGGAGGUUGUCGGGAGGGAUGAAGUUCUCGCCUGCGACUGGGGAUGGUGGGGGCAAGAGGAAGGUAGGGAUAGUGGUGGCCGGGAUCACCAAGGUUUCUGAUGCACUUAUGAUGUCUGGGAGAUCGGUGAGGAAGAGCUGGGAUGAUAAUUCGUCGAGUUCGGAGAAUAGUUCUGCUGAAAAUAAGGGAAAUGCAGGUUCAAAGAGUAAAGUACGUGAACAAGCUCCAAUGAAAGCACAGGCUUGUGAUGCUACCAAGGAUAAAUCCCAUAAUGAGGAAGAAUCAAUGGAGGUGAAGCGAAGAACAAGCAAGAAGAUUGUUGGUUCAGUAAUGGAGAAUGCUAAUCCCACGGCACCGAAGUGUGCAUUCUAUGAUCGAAAAUGGACAGAUGGAAGCAUUCCGUUGGAUGGUGUCUCUCAGAACCUUGAGAGACUUGGAAAGGAGGCUUUUGAAAGGAGAAAUACUGCUUCCAUUGCUGCAGCUGAGGCUUUAGAAGAGGCUUUGGCUACAGAAUCGAUUAUUAGGAGUCUAAGUAUGUUCUCUGAACUCUGCUUGGCAUCAAAGAAGGGAAAUCUUCUACGAACAAUCAACACUUUCUUAUCCAUCUAUGAUGAUGUUAUGAAGGAGACUUCAAUAGUUGCAUCUCUUGUUGCUAGCCGCACAUGUAAUUUUCCCGUUGAUUCGCUUUCCAUCAAUCGAGCCAAAUCAACUUCCAUCUGGGUUGAAGCAGCACUGACAACAGACCUUGGAGUUCUGAAUUUGAUAAACUACACCAUUGAUAGCCACACAAAGCAAAAAGACUCCGAAAAAAUAGCAAUUCCAUGUGGAGAUUAUCCAAAAUCAAACAUAUCUAAAAGGAUUUCUGUUGGAACAAAUGCUAAAAGUCAAACAAAAGUAUCAGCUACUUGUUCUGCUACUAACUUUUGGACUAGAGGACAAGAUGUUGUGCAAACACUGAACCUUGCAGAAGCACUUCAAAAUGAAAUGCAAAUUUGGUUUCUAAAGUUUGUUGAGGGAGCCAUAAGUGUCGGGUUUUUCAUAUUUGGUGAGCACAAAAAAGGUAAUGAAGAAGGUUUCUUGAAUGACAAUAGUAGAGUUGCUGCAGUUGUGUUUCACUUGAAGCGAGUUAGUGAUUGGAUAGAUGUGGUUUUAAGUAAAUCUGAAGAUGAAAUUCUAGUGGAAAAGAUUGAGCAUGUGAGGCAAAAGAUUUGCAAUUUUGUCAUGACCAAUAUGGGGUUGAUAAAGCCGACUCGAUCUACUUGGGAUGAGGCUAACAAUGAUGAUAUAAUGACCGACAUGGGAUCGGCAUUCCAUAAUGCAUUGUCAUUUGGCAAGUCAUGAUUGGCUAUGCUCAGUUUCAGAUCAUUAGUUGUUUUGUAAAGAUGGAGAAAUUAAGUGUUGUUGUUUGUCUUUCUGUUCCUUGAUAAGCUUCUGGUUUUAGUCUUUUGUUAAGCCUUGAAAUAAGUGGCAAGCCUAUAUCUUGUUAGUUGUAGUCUGCUAAAUGGCUAUUAUUGCUGUCAUAAGUUUAAAGCUUGUAAUAGAAGGAUAAGGAUAUUGGUUUAAUGAUUGUUUGGAGUUGCUUGGUUUGAUUUAUGAAGUAAAA